GCAUAUCCGCUACAACCCCCUGCGUGAUGAUUGGCUGCUGGUAUCCGCCCACCGCAUGAAGCGCCCCUGGCAGGGGCAGAUAGAGAAGCCCCCAGAGGAGAAUAUUCCCAGACAUGAUCCCAGCAACCCACUGUGCCCCGGGGCCCAGAGAGCAGGAGGAGAGGUGAAUCCUGCCUAUGAGGGCACCUACCUCUUUCCGAAUGACUUCCCUGCCCUGCAGCCUGAUGCCCCAGAACCCGUCAGGUCAUGUGUUUCCAUCCAUGGUCCGACAUUACCCUCCCGCUGAUGUCUGCGCCGGAGCUCCGCGGGGUCAUUGACAGGUGGGCAGAGAUCCUGUGUGACCUGGGUGCCACUUACCCCUGGGUCCAGAUCUUUGAAAACAAAGGAGCCAUGAUGGGCUGUUCCAACCCUCACCCGCACUGCCAGAUCUGGGCCAGCAGCUUCCUUCCCAAUGAGGCUCAGACCGAGGAGCGGACACAGCGGCAGUACCUGCGGGAGCACGGGGAGCCCAUGUUGCUGGACUACUGCCGGCUGGAGGAGACACGGAAGGAACGAGUGGUUGUGGCUAAUGAGCAUUGGCUUGUGGUGGUUCCCUAUUGGGCAGUGUGGCCCUUUCAGACUCUCCUCCUCCCUCGCCGCCAUGUGCUCCGCCUCCAGGACCUGAGUAGCGAAGAGCGAGACUGUUUGGGUGCCCCUACAGGGCAGUAUCUGGGGGAGGACUGCAGCCACUGGCAGUUACACGCGCACUUUUACCCCCCGCUGCUGCGCUCUGCCACCGUGCGCAAGUUCAUGGUGGGCUACGAGAUGUUGGCACAGGCUCAGAGGGACCUGACUGCCGAGCAGGCUGCGGAGCGGCUCCGGAACUUGCCUGAGGAGCAUUACAAGCUGAGGGCCACAGGGGUACAAGACUGAUGACUUCUGGGACAUCUUUUUAUCCUAAUACAUUUUCAUCUCAAGUCUGAGGUAUUUGUAACGGUCGGAACCUGCUGCUGCCCCGGGUAUCACGUGGGCAAUGCCAGUCUCUGUACAGCACAAUGGGCACAAACUCUCUUCCUUUCUCAUUAAAUUCCAUUGCCAACUGGG